AUGAGCUCAUCUACGAUAAAAUCCAACGCCAAGGGAGUUUUGGGUCGGUUGCAAUUUCGUGGCGCGCGGAACUUUGUGACUCCGUCUGAAAACCUCCAGGGUGACCCUGUAUUCACGUUAGAGGAGCGCCGGCAGAUAGCUGAGCGGAAUGGUUUGGACCAAUGCCUCGAGGUCAAGUACGCUGAUACUCCCCUAGAAUGUGCCAACAAUACUAACAGUUCGACUCUGGCACCCACAGCAGCGGCUGCGGUAGCUACUAGAUUCCCUGGUCUGGGCAUGGGACCCGGUGGACCUGCUCGGGGUGGACCCCAGAUGGGAGGUGGUACAGCUACCAGUGCUCAUUAUAGUAUGGCUAAGUGGAAGUUAGGCAUGGAGGUUAUGGGGGUACCAGCGGCACAAGUCACCCUCACGGUGCAGCGGACUCUGGCUGGGCUGGGCUUUGUAUGGAAAGCUUUGUCACCAUGGAAACUGAAGGUUCGACCGGCCUAUAACAAAGAGCUGUAUGAGCUCUCAGUGAGCGUCUAUCGGAUGCAUCAGCUUAGGUAUCUUCUUGACGUUUCAGUGAGUUGUGGUUCGUUAACAGCAGCAAUGGCCGGUGCGAUGGACCUCCUAUCAGCGCUAGGGGAGAAUCCUAAUCUACCUCAUCCCCCUGCCAACCCCCAGCAAGCAGCUGCGGCUCAACAAGCAGCUGCCGCUGCGGCUGCGGCUACGGCACAUCAACAAGCGUAA